AUGCCAAUUACAACAUAUAAUGAAAUAGAUUUGAAACAUGAUUCAAUCAAAUUAAAAUGUCCAUUUGAAAAUUGUAACACAACAUUAAUCAAAUACUCACAAGAUCUUCAAUUAAUAAAUGUUAAAAAUUCACCAAAUUUAAUUAAAGCAACUGCUGAAAAACCAAUAAUGAAUGAAUCACCAAUUCAAUUUUAUAAAAUAGAUGAUGUUUGGGCAUUUGACAAUAUUGGAGUAAGUAAACCAACUGAAAUCAAAACAGCACCAGAAUUUGAAAAUGAAAUUAUUCAAGUUGAAAGGAUAUUAAUUUGUUCUGAAUGUGAUAAAGGACCAUUAGGAUUUGCUGGUAUACCUUUGAAUAAAGAUAAUGAUCAUAACAAUUUAAUAUAUUAUUUAAAUGUUGAAAGUGUAUUGUAUGAAUAUUAA